AUGGUUAUGAAAGAAAACAUGCGCGCAGUAGUCUUCAAGGGCCCUCAUAAGAUUGUCGUGGAAGAGCGCCCUGUUCCCAAGAUCCAGGGGCCGACAGAUAUCAUUGUCAAGGUCAGGUAUACGGCGCUUUGCGGAAGUGAACUCCAUGUUUUCCGUGGCCACCAGCCAUCUGGCACUGGCUUCAUCAUGGGCCACGAGUUUACCGGUGAAAUAGCGGAAAUCGGGAGCUCUGUGAAGACUCUGAAGCCUGGGGAUAAGAUCGUCUGCCCGUUUACGACAAGCUGCUCAGAAUGUUUCUACUGCAAGAAUAGCUUUUCAUCUCGCUGUGAGAAAUCCUUGCUACUUGGCUGUGCCAUGCUGGAUGGCGCUCAGGCGGAAUAUGUGCGCAUCCCUAACGCCGAUGGAACCGUCUUCAAAGCACCAGAGGGUAUCAGCGAAAAAGCGCUCGUCCUCAUGGCCGACAUCUUCCCUACGGGAUAUUUCGCAGCCAGCAACGGCCUCAGUCAAUUCACCAAGGAGCAGCUAUCAGAGAUGACAGUGGUGGUGAUUGGCUGUGGGCCGGUGGGUCUCUGCGCACUCGUAAACGCCGCAGAGUACAAACCGAAAAACCUUCUGGCUGUUGACUCGGUUCUCUCACGGCUCGAGCUUGCCAACUCGCUGGGCGCGGAACCGUGGAAUUUCCAAACGGACCGGGAGGGGUUGGAUAGGCGUGUUAAGGAGUUGACGAGCGGUAGGGGUGCAGAUGUGGUGAUUGAAGUUGUUGGAUUGAGUCCUGCGUUGAAGAUGGGAUUUGAGCUUCUCAGACCUUGGGGAAUCAUUAGCAGUGUGGGUGUUCAUAAUGGAGGGAUACCUUGGACGGGCAACCAGGCGUAUGGGAAAAACCUGAAAAUCCAGAUGGGACGGUGUCCCAUACGUUCUAUUUUCCCGCAGGCGCUUGAAAUGCUUAAGAAGACGCAGCAUUUGCUAGGAUUCAUGGCAGAUACGAUCAUGCCAUUAAGCCAAGCGGAGGAGGGAUACGACAUGUUUGACAAGAUGAAAGUGCAGAAGGUCAUCUUUGAAGCCGACAAAUAA